GUCGUUGAGUCCCGACUAAUUAGAUAUUACAACGAGGUCUUUAGUGAUGACAGCGCACGAUGACAUCCCUGUCAUUAUUCAUUCAUGGCAUGAGAUCAUUUCCAUGUCUUCUUAUUUGUCACCUACCUGGCUGAAAUCAGUGACGGUAGACCACGACGCAAAACUUGGUGGAACAAACUAAUUCUCCUUUGCUAUGGUUUCCACGUCAAAUCGUAGCAAUCUGGCACUUUGAUAUUUGAUAAAAAUGUAUAUAUGCACCUCAUUCUUCUGCCCUUUGGCAAUAUGUACAUUCUCAUACUUCUCUCAUUGCUAUGAAAGAUGGCACCAAAGCCUAAGCGUACCGAUCUCAAAGUCAUCCAUAUUUUCCUUGUCCCAAUAUCUUUACUCAUUCUCUGUAUGAGUAUUGUCAUCAUUGUCAUAGCGGCCAAUACAUCGGACGCUGUGGAAUCGAUACGAAGCCUCCUGCCGUUCCCAACCGCCAACUACACGCCUGAGGACUCGAAAGGGCUAAUCGCUUGUGGGAUUGUUGGCGUGACAGCUGCUUGUUUUGUGAUUAUGAGCAUCUUGAACGGCAGACAGAUGCAUGAAGGGCAUGCUAUGAAUGACAACGAUGCGGACAAAGAGCGAGUGAGUAGAGAUUGUGAAUCCAAGUUACUUCCGGCCUCGAUGGAGAAUGCGUAAGGUCAAUUGAGUCUCAUUACCAAGCAGUUGUUGAGUCAAC